UAGCAGACAUAGUUGGAGGGUUCGGGUAAAAAUGGCCGAAUAUUUAGCUUCGAUAUUCGGGACUGAGAAGGACAAGGUUAACUGCUCUUUUUACUUUAAGAUCGGGGCCUGCCGGCAUGGGGACCGGUGCUCCCGGCUUCACAACAAACCGACUUUCAGCCAGGUUCCUCCCCCAACCUUCAGGCCCUUCUCCCAGGAACUUGGCCACGCCCCCACCAUAGUACUGCUCAACCUGUACCGGAAUCCACAGAACACCGCCCAAACCGCAGACGGAUCGCACUGUCACGUGAGCGACGUGGAGGUGCAAGAACACUAUGAUAACUUCUUCGAGGAAGUGUUCACAGAACUGCAGGAGAAGUACGGGGAGAUUGAAGAGAUGAAUGUGUGCGACAACCUGGGGGAUCACCUCGUGGGCAAUGUUUAUGUCAAGUUUCGGCGCGAGGAGGAUGCAGAGCGGGCAGUGGCUGAACUCAAUAACCGCUGGUUCAACGGGCAGGCUGUGCAUGCCGAGCUGUCUCCCGUCACUGACUUCCGGGAGUCGUGCUGUCGGCAGUAUGAGAUGGGGGAAUGUACCCGGGGUGGUUUCUGCAACUUCAUGCACCUGCGACCUAUCUCCCGCAACCUCCGGCGGCAGCUCUAUGGGCGGGGACCCAGGCGCAGGUCACCCCCAAGGUCCCAUACUGGCCACCGUCCCCGAGAAAGAAAUCGACGACGGUCCCCAGACCACCGGCAUGGCCGUUUCUGAGAUGCUGACCUCCUUGCCCUCCACCCCUGGCAGGCACAUAUGUUCCUGGCCAGGACCCCUCCUCAAAGCUCCCUUAACUCCCUAGUGCCAUCUUUUCCAGGCUCCGGGUCUCCAUGAUGUAAUACCUUCCACACAGGGACCUUCUAUCGCCCCGCCCCUAAUAAAGUUCUAUAUUGAGGGUUUA